UUUUUUUCUUCUUCUUCUUCUUCUUCUCUGCGGAGAGACGGCUCCAUUCAUAGGGUUGGGCAGGCAGGCAAAGUGCAAGCGCGGCAGGAACGGCACCAGCGACGUAGUGUGGAACCUAAAAGAUGGUCUCACGCUGAGAACAGGCCACUUCACACCGCGCUGGUCUUUGUCAGCCGCUUCCACAUCGGACCGUACCCCGAAUAAAAACCGAAAUCAUCUCGGCAGAAAUGGAUUUCGUAUGUCUGGACUGAAGACUGGCGGUCUCAUCCUGUUUUUCGACCUGCCGCGGAAAUAGACCGACUUCCCAGUCGCCUGUACCACCACCACCACUGCCGCAGCCCUACCACUCCAUUUCGACUCACUGAACCCAGGCCGUCCGCGGACUGCAGGCUCAGGCAUCUGGACACAUCGGGGCUCGUCUGUCGUCGGUGAAGAUAAGCGAAAAACGUGCCUGUGUGUCUGUGCUGCUUUCGCUGCCUGUAUGAUGCCGACACAUUUGCGUUUCCGGAGAAGGUCAUUCCUUGGGCUUUUAUUCCUUUUUUCACUGUCCACCUCGGCGCUAUAUUUCAUCUACUCCGCUCCCGGCAUCGUGAAUGAAUAUGUAUUCAUGGUUCAAGCCAGGGGCAUCCAGAUCAGAGAGAACGUUAAGAACAUUGGAGCUCAGGUUCUGGAGCAAGUGAGAGGGGCCUACAGCAUCAAUGGCACAGAUUAUCCUUAUGACUUCAACUUCAGUGAGAGCGACGCUCCGCCCACUACAUACCUCCCUGAGGGGUUCACAUACCUCCCUUCGCAGGUUUGCCCUGAGAAGCUGCCCUCAAUGAAGGGGAGGUUGGAGGUGAACAUGAGUGAAAUAUCUCUGGAGGACGUCGAAAGGUCCUCGCUGGAGCGAGAGCCCAGCAUGGCCCCAGGAGGCUUCUGGAAGCCCAAAGACUGUUUACCUCGCUGGAAGGUGGCAAUUCUUGUUCCGUUUAGGAACCGACACGAACACUUGCCCAUACUCUUGAGACACCUGGUGCCUGUGCUGCAGAAGCAGAGACUCCAGUUUGCCUUUUAUGUCAUAGAGCAGGGAGGUACGGAACCAUUUAACCGAGCCAUGCUGUUUAACGUGGGCUUCAAGGAGGCGAUGAAAGACUUUGACUGGGACUGCCUGAUCUUCCACGAUGUGGACCACCUCAUGGAGAAUGACAGGAACUACUACGGCUGUACAGACAUGCCUCGACAUUUUGCAGUCAARCUCGACAAGUACUCCUACAUGCUUCCGUAUAAUGAGUUCUUCGGUGGCGUCAGUGGCCUGACGGUGAAGCAGUUCAAAAUGAUUAAUGGCUUCCCUAAUGCAUUCUGGGGCUGGGGAGGUGAGGACGAUGACCUCUGGAACAGGGUGCAGUUUGCCAAUUACACCGUAAGUAGACCGCACGGAGACCAAGGACGCUACAUGUCAAUUCCCCAUCACCACCGCGGGGAAGCCCAGUUCCUGGGAAGGUAUACUCUUCUUCGUCACUCAAAGGAGAGGCAAAAAGUGGAUGGUCUUAAUAACUUAAACUACUCCCCACUGGUUUCCAGAAGUCCUCUUUACACCAACAUCACAGUCAGCCUGAGCAGAAAGCUCGCACCCGUAGCUGACUACUGACGCAGACAGAGCUGGACUGCAAAACACCUGGGAAUCAAAGUCCUCUGGGACAUCAGCCAUAUCUCACCAGUUGCAGCACUGCUUUAGGACUUUUAAGUUGAGAGGUUUUUUUUGUUGUUUUUCUUUCUCUUUUUUUGCUUUGUUUUUGUUUGUAUGCAAAGAAAAGAAGAAGAAGAAGAAGAAAAGAAAAUGGAGACUCAAAUUAGUAUGUUUGAUAAAUCGUAUAAGAAAAUAGGAUAAGAAAAUAGGAUAAAAUGCUGCACUUAUUUGUGCCACAGUUCAUCACUCUCAUCUGGGCUUGUCUACACUUCAGUCUCCACAUGCCUUUUUGCACCAUUUUGGCCUUCAGCAUCCAUUCUUCAAGUAUUUUUUUUAUUUUCGUUUUUUUUUUUUUAUUCUUUAAAUUUGUUGGAAGAUUCUGGCAGUGACUAGCGCCGCCCUGCAUUUUUUGUGCGUGAUUACUAAAAUAGGUAACGACACACAUUCAAGCGCACGCCACACAUGCACGCACACAAGAGUAUGACCCAAAUGUGCUGACAUGAUCCUGGGGCUUGGAUUUAUUAAAUUUUUUUAUUUUUUAUUAUUUAGUUUUUUUUUUUAUUUUUUUGCUUCUUAUUUCAUAAAUGCAGUAAAACCUGUGAAAACAUUUGCAUGGAAACAUACCCUUAGACCACCACACAGCAACUUCAAGCGAGUGAACCCUUGCAGCUGGUUCUGCAUAAGGUAUGCCAAAUCCAUGAGUGAAUAUAGUAAAAAAAAAGAUGAUAUAUUGUAUGUGAAAUAGUUUAUUCUAAGUUCAGAGAAAAAUCAUUCUUUACUCAUCUCUUCAUCUGUAUUUUGUCCAUUUAAACAUACCAUUUGAAGACUGUGAUGUUUGUGUUUGCAUAGUCGCAUUGAAUGUUCUGGCUGCCUGCAAGUAGCUGUAUGUUGGAGUGCAUUGCUCAUCCUGUUAGCAAUAAGCUGUAAUAUCAGACAGCAGAAAUUAGCCCUGACUUCCUUAUCGUACAGAUGCAAUAGCAUGGGUGCUAGCAUUCCCCCGCCCCCACAUUGGACUACAGAGAAAAGAGUGACUGCGUAUGCAAAUUUCACAUCCAGCUCAACUUUGCCUAAGCAAACGUGCCGCCCUUUUCAGAACUUGUGUGUGUGUUUGUGUGUGUGUGUGUGUGUGUGUUUUUUUUGUUCCCGUCUGUGCAAGAGAGGGCGAGCUAUGCAAAUGGCCUGCAUGCAUCUCGUCGUCAGUGCAAGCUUUUCGGGGUGACUUGCAGGAAGCGUCAUCUCUAAACUCUGACAAGACUGACUUCAGACCUCACUUUGUGUGUAAAUCCAGGCCAGAAAAGAGAAAUCUUAUAGUUGCAGAUGUAUUUUUUUUUUAGAUUUCACAAUCUUAAAUGUUUACUCGUCUUCAUUAUAGUUUCCCUCUUUUUUUUAUACAAAAGAGAAAUGAAGGUAGAGAAUACUUGAUAGCUAUCACUGUCAAUGGUGUUUACAGAAGCUGUUUGCUUUAUUUUUCAGAUUGUCUAGUGUUUGUUCUACUGUUGGCCAGCCCUUUCCACCCAAGCUGCUGUGAAAGUUGUACAGCUUUUCAACAACCAAGCUUAUGGCUGCCUUUUGUUCAUUUUUUUUUUCUCUUCCAAAUUGACACUUGUUUUGCUUGCAUAGAGGAAAAAAAAAGCAAAUAUGAGGGCUCAUCACGACAUUGAGUGAUAACCACUGAUUAGGUUUGCAUUCAGAYUUUGGCUUAUGAUUUUCUUUGCUUGAAUUUGAUUUAGACAAGUUGAUCUAGGUAUAUAUUUUUAUUCUUUUUUUUUUCUUUCUUUCAAUGAUGGAAGCAUGCAGCCUUACACUGCUUUGACACAGACUGACAACGCUCUUGUUAUACACAGCAGCUCCUCUCUAAUACUGUAUGUGUUUGGCAGUGUUGAAUAGUGGGUGAAACAGACCAGUACUUUAAACAUAGCUCUUUUUUAAAAAAAUCACACAAACAUGUUUUCCCUCACUGUCUGUCCUCUGGUCAUACAGCUACUUCGUUUCACACAAAUCGCCUUGUAUGCAUUUCUUCAGAUGUAUCUGUUUGUUGGUCGACAUGUGGGUGAGUGACAAACUGUUGUGUUUCAACAAUGAAAAAAAGAAGAGGCUGGACCUCGCUCUAUUUAUUUGACAUUUGAUUUCCUCAGUUGUUUCAUUGUUUAAAUUUUUUUUCUGAUUUACUUUCUUGCGGUUGACGUGAUGACUUAGGAAGUGACAUAUAGCAGACUUGCGUUCGAUGCACUGAAACCUAGCUGUGUGUAUUUGUGUGGGAUUGUGAGGAUCUUCUGCAUAAACGGUGGCAGUUCCAUUUCGUUCAGAGACACUGUUUUCCCCACUUCACAAGUGGCAGAAAUUGCAAUGAAAUGGAAUGGCACCUGUACUGUAGCCUGGUGUUAAUCUUCUGAGCAGACGUGUUGGAGGAGGCCAUUUUGUGUGACAACCACAGGAAGAGCAAGACUCCGAGUUAGAAAAUGCUAAUGGCCACUGUCUUUCACUGAUCACCUCCAUUAUAUUAACUGAUAAAUCAAUGGUGCUGACCUCCCUUUGACAGCUCGACAUGCUCACAGGAGCCGGUUUUAAACAUGGCAGAAGCUAUUGACAGGCAAAACAUCCUCCAGAGGCCAUUAUGGCUCAUUGUUUCCACAUCAUCUCUCAGAUAGAGAUCAGUAGGGUAGUUUCCAGGUAUAGCUUAUCCAUGUAUGUAUAUGUAUAUAUAUAUAGCUAACAUUUUCCACAAGCCAAGCAUGUGCUUACCUCCUAGCUAGUCAACACGGGAGGUGCCCAGUGGAAGUCAUGGGACAGUAGCAGUGUUUGUGUUAAGUUUUCUUUUCCAUGUGUGUUUGAGUGAAAUGGCUACGCCUUUUUUCCGAGGUCGAACCAUCCUCCAUCUACAUUAUUUCUUUGCAUUUUGUUUGCCAGCGCUGAUGAGAACAUGGUUGUUAACAACUGGCAGGCUUUUUUUCUAGUUCCUUACAUUUACACAAUACACUGUAUAUUAUCUUUAAAUAAAACAAAUUACUUUGCUUUAAAUUAAAAGCUAGACGGACACGAAGCAAAAGCCAAAACGGUUUUGGUAUGAGUAUUGAGACUGUGAGAAAACCCCUCAAUCUAAAGAGGCCCUCCUGAUGGUCUAAAUAUUGGGUUGUUGCGUAUUAUUUUCUACAGUACACAGUGAGCAGCUUUAAAAACAUCUCUUUUUUAUUUAUUUUUUAGUUUUUUGUGACUACUGAACAGCUUCGACCACUAGAUUACAGAUUGAGGCGGUGAAUCUGUCAGCGCACUCUUGGGUUUUAUUUUGAAAUGGUGAAUCAUCUGAUUUGAGUCUGUGAUAAGAGCACGUAGAAACCAGACCGAGACUGCUGCUGUCUAAACAAUAUAUAAAACAAUAGGCUUUAUCAUAUCAAAAUCCAACCUGUCCUGAUUCAUUCUGUGCCAGUUUAAAUGAAGGGACCAUUCUUUUUUUGGGCAUCUGACAAGACUGGCAGCCUUAAAAAAUAAAAUACAAAAAAAGCUUUUUAAUUUAUUGCAUUUUUGUUUUUAUUUUCCACUUGUUUUUACUUUGUUUUUGUUUUUUUAUAAGCAAAAAUAUUUAAAUUGAAAAAAAGUGCAUAUCAAGAUACUGAUUAUUGUAAAUAUUGUUGUUGUGUGUAGUGUUUUAGAAAUUCUAUUAAGGUCUUAAAUCACUACAGAUGCUAGCAUAAAGAACAAAGCUUCGGGGAAAGUGGGGGGGUUGGCUCGGGGGUUUAACUGGUGCCAUUUUAAGUGCUUGUGGAGCUUACAUAGUGACAUCAAUGUUUUUACAUCACUGCUUCCAAGCACAGAUAUUUUUUUUAAUAAAAACAAAAACGUUCUUAUCCCAUGGAUUUUAAAAUCCUCAUAAUCUCAGAGGCAUUCCCCUUUCCUCCCUCGUACUUAACUCGCUGUGGCAGGAAAAGAGACAUGUCCUGACAUAGAGGCUUUCCAAUGAAGUCCUCUGUCCUUGGUUCCCGCUUGUGACGCUUCUCCGAGUGUGACRGCGUUUGGGGGGGGUGGUUAUGGUGGAGGUCACAGGAAAGCUUUGCAAUAUUUUUUUUCAGCCAAAAGAAAAACUUUUAAAGAAGUCUUACAUUGCGAAGUUUAACAAAGGCACCCAAACCAGCGACACAAUCCUCUUCAGAAUCCUCAAACAUUUUUUUUGUAUGAAACUCGAUUAUUUAAAAAAAUAAUAAUAAUACAGGCAACAGGAUACGGAAAGCUAAAUUCAACAUAUUUAUUUGACCGUAAGGAACAGAAUUCUCCUUCAAUUGAAGCCAUUCGAAGCCACUUGUCGAAACUUGAUGUCAGCCUUAUGUGGAAUCUGUUUGUGUAUUGGCAUAUUAUCUUUUGAUUAUUGAAAUUUGUAUGAUGGAGAUUUUCUUUUAUACCAUCAUUGUUAUUGUCAAGAGUACACCAAUAAAAAAAAACUUGUAAAGAUCAAAA